ACCUCCCACUCCUCCUCUUUUUAUAGCAGUCCUUUCUCUCCGAAAAUCUCAGGUUACUUGGCUGGGAGUUCUCAGACCUCCCGUUCCAGCCCUGCCCGCAGCCUCCAAUCCGUAGGAGACACCCAGCCCCAGCGAUUGGAUUGGGCAGCCCGUCUUGACACACCACCGCGCUGAGUGCUCGAGGACGUGUUUCAACAGAUGGUUGGGGUUAGUGUGUGUCAUCACAUUCGAGUGGGGAUUAAGAGAAGGAAGGCUGCCUCGCUGGAGCUGUGUGGUCCUCUCCAAGUGAGAGUUGCAAGCAAUACAACUCCUUUGCUUUCGGGAGAAGAGGAGGGAUUCAUUUUCAGCAGCCGCAAGGAAAGCAGUUUUUUCAGUCUACUGAAGGAAUAAAUGAUCUUCCAGAGAAAUCAAGGCUCAGUGAAAAAGGAAAGGCUUUUAAAGAUGAAAGAUCGCACCCUAUUUGAAAAAGGACUCCAUCUGCAGCAGUUCUGAAUACCUCCGAGUCUAGAAAUUGAUUAUUCAACCAGGAUACCUAAUUCAAGACCACCAGAACUCGGGAGACUGAGACAUUUUGUCAGUUUUGCGACACUGGACCAAGUACAAUGAAGUAUUCUUGCUGUGCUCUAGUGUUGGCUGUCCUGGGCACAGAACUGCUGGGGAUCCUGUGUUCGACUGUCAGGUCUGCAAGGUUCAGAGGACGAACACAGCAGGAACGGAAGAACAUCCGACCCAACAUUAUUCUUGUGCUCACCGAUGACCAAGACGUGGAGCUGGGGUCCCUGCAAGUUAUGAACAAAACAAGGAAGAUCAUGGAACAUGGAGGGGCCACUUUCACCAACGCCUUUGUGACCACACCCAUGUGCUGCCCGUCCCGGUCAUCCAUGCUCACCGGAAAGUAUGUGCACAACCACAACGUCUACACCAACAACGAGAACUGCUCUUCACCCUCAUGGCAAGCAGUACAUGAACCUCGGACCUUUGCUGUAUAUCUUAACAACACUGGCUACAGAACAGCCUUCUUUGGAAAAUACCUCAAUGAAUAUAAUGGCAGCUACAUCCCUCCUGGGUGGCGAGAAUGGCUUGGAUUAAUCAAGAAUUCUCGUUUCUAUAAUUACACUGUUUGUCGAAAUGGCAUCAAAGAAAAGCAUGGAUUUGAUUAUGCAAAGGACUACUUCACAGACUUAAUCACUAACGAGAGCAUUAAUUACUUCAAAAUGUCUAAGAGAAUGUAUCCCCAUAGGCCCAUUAUGAUGGUGAUCAGCCACGCUGCGCCCCACGGCCCAGAGGACUCGGCCCCACAGUUUUCAAAAUUGUACCCCAAUGCUUCCCAACACAUAACUCCUAGUUAUAACUAUGCACCAAAUAUGGAUAAACACUGGAUCAUGCAGUACACAGGCCCAAUGCUGCCCAUCCAUAUGGAAUUUACCAAUGUUCUACAGCGCAAGAGGCUCCAGACUUUGAUGUCCGUGGAUGAUUCUGUGGAAAGGCUGUACAACAUGCUCGUGGAGACGGGCGAGCUGGACAACACUUACAUCAUUUACACCGCCGACCACGGUUACCACAUUGGGCAGUUUGGACUGGUCAAGGGGAAAUCCAUGCCAUAUGAUUUUGAUAUUCGUGUGCCGUUCUUUAUUCGUGGUCCAAGCGUGGAACCAGGAUCAGUAAUCCCGCAGAUUGUCCUGAACAUCGACCUGGCCCCUACAAUCCUGGAUAUUGCUGGACUUGACACACCUCCUGAUGUGGAUGGCAAGUCCGUCCUCAAGCUGCUGGACCUGGAAAAGCCAGGUAACAGGUUUCGAACAAACAAGAAGGCCAGAAUUUGGCGGGAUACAUUCCUAGUGGAAAGAGGCAAAUUUCUACGAAAGAAGGAAGAAGCCAGCAAGAAUAUUCAACAGUCAAACCACUUGCCAAAAUAUGAGCGAGUCAAGGAACUGUGCCAGCAGGCCAGGUAUCAGACAGCCUGUGAGCAGCCUGGGCAGAAGUGGCAGUGCAUUGAGGACACAUCUGGCAAACUGCGUAUCCACAAAUGCAAGGGACCCGGCGACCUGCUCACCGUCCGGCAGAGCACACGCAGCCUCUACUCUCGAGGUUUCCAUGACAAGGACAAGGAGUGCACCUGCAGGGAGUCUGGCUACCGUGCCAGCCGGAGCCAGAGGAAGAGUCAAAGGCAGUUCCUGAGAAACCAGGGCACCCCAAAGUACAAGCCCAGGUUUGUGCACACUCGACAGACCCGCUCGUUGUCUGUUGAGUUUGAAGGCGAAAUAUAUGACAUAAAUCUGGAAGAAGAAGAACUGCAGGUGUUGUCACCCAGAAGCAUUGCUAAGCGCCAUGACGAAGGCCGCCAGGGCUUGGGGAGUCGCCAGGCUGCCAGCAGUGGCCACGGCAAUGAAAUGCUGGCAGACAGCAGCAAUGCUGUGGGCCCUCCCGCCACGGUCCGCGUGACACACAAGUGUUUUAUUCUUCCAAAUGAUACCAUCCAUUGUGAGAGGGAACUGUAUCAAUCAGCCAGAGCCUGGAAGGACCACAAAGCUUACAUUGAUAAGGAGAUCGAAGCACUGCAAGAUAAGAUUAAGAAUCUAAGGGAAGUGAGGGGACACCUGAAGAGAAGAAAGCCUGAGGAAUGCAGCUGCGGUAAGCAGAGCAUCUACAAUAAAGAAAGAGGUGUGAGAAGGCAAGAGAAGUUGAAGACCCAUCUUCACCCAUUCAAGGAGGCGGCCCAGGAAGUCGAUAGCAAGCUGCAGCUCUUCAAGGAGAACCGGCGGAGGAAGAAGGAGAGGAAGGAAAAGAAACGCCAGCGAAAGGGGGAGGAGUGCAGCCUGCCGGGCCUCACCUGCUUCACCCACGACAACAACCACUGGCAGACGGCGCCCUUCUGGAACUUGGGCUCAUUCUGCGCUUGUACAAGCUCUAACAAUAACACCUACUGGUGUUUGCGUACAGUUAAUGAGACGCAUAAUUUUCUUUUCUGCGAGUUCGCGACUGGCUUUUUGGAGUAUUUUGAUAUGAAUACAGAUCCUUAUCAGCUCACAAACACCGUGCACAUGGUAGAACGGGGCGUUCUGAACCAGCUGCACAUCCAGCUGAUGGAGCUCAGAAGCUGCCAGGGCUACAAACAGUGCAACCCAAGACCUAAGGGCCUUGACGCUGGAAGUAAAGAUGGAAGAAGCUAUGACCUACACAGGUAUGCACACUUUUUUGUUCUCAGCAGUGCCUUUCCCAAUGAUUGCAUGAGCCUGUUCCAGCUAAUUUCCGUUUCUUACUACAUUGCCCAGAGCAUAGUCUGUGCGUGUUUGUUCUAACAGCAUUCUCCUUUAUGUUUGGUCACUGGGUACAGAUCUGUCAUUUUGCUUUUAAAUCAGUUCACUGUCUCCGCAGGCCUUUCCCACCCCCACACAUGGCUGUGUGUUGGAUGAUGGACUUAAGCAUGGAAUGAUCGAAAGAGGGAAACACAGAAUGGCCUUCAGGAGCCCUGGGAGGGGGUGGGGGCUUGACUGCUUUCUUUGUGAUGCUGACGCAUAGAUUUGUUGGGGAAGCUGCUGGAAAUGAGUUAGAUUUUUAUUAGAUAUAACAUCACCAAAAGAACUAGUGAGGAUUUGGAAGAAACAAAAGGAAUUUCCUUGUUAAUGGUCAUUAGUCAAUUCUGGUGUUAAAAACAGUGGUCAUAAAGAGCGUCCAGGAGGCUCUACGCAUGAGAGAAGGUGCUGGGCUUAGGAACAAGGUCAGGGAUCGAGGCUCACAGAAAGGUGUCAGCACAGCCCCAAGACGGCAGCACCCACAGAAACGUCAUGACAGCCCUCAUCCUCCUUCAGCCACACCUGUCCUUCCUGGGGCGGGGUGGACUGGUGGCUUGUCCCAUGGUUCCUCAGAAAGGCCAGCCAUUGCUGAUUCUCUGCUCCAACAGAGAUAUUUAGAGGUUUCCCGGACACUGACACGAGGCCCAUGGGGACUGUCAUCACUCCUCCCGUGGAGGGCACUGAGGCUCAGACAAGUCUGCAAUCUGGUUAAUGAAUCCACUUGGGAGAGAAAAGUCCAUCGAAGAAACAUCGGCAUAAUCAAUGCCAUCCAUACUGAUAUCUUUGCAGAGAAGCGAAAGAACACCUCUGUGUGGGGUGCCCUGUUCACCCCACCGGCUCCCCCUCCAGCCUCCUGAGCCUCUCAGACGGCUCCUCAGAGGCUUCUGUCGUUCCCACAAGACGCUCAGCGGCACUAGGAAAGGUGGUGGGGAGAGGGGAACAAAACAAAGGAAGCUGGACUUGUGAAGGUAUCUUAGAGCCAUUGAGAUAUCUCUUCUCUCUCCUCUUUCCUCCUUCCUCCACAGCACCCCCAUGGUAGGUACUCAGCACAAGUACCUAAGACCCCAAAGAGCUGCGCAGGCUGGUCUCCCUGGCUGUGGCUGAUAAGGCAGCACCCGUCACCAGGGCCAUUUUGCCAGCUUCCUGUGAGUCACAGGAAGCCAUUUCUGAACUGCGACAUUACAAACGGGCUUGUCGUUCAGUACUGACUUGGCACUAACUUUGUGAUGAACUCCACUUUACGGUUUAGGGAUUUUCAUUUUCCAACGUCCUCUCAUCUCUGUCAUGAGGGAGGUCAAGGCUGGGCACCAGCUGGUUGAGACCUACACCUGGGCAGAGUUUGUCAGUGACUCCCACGGCAUCCCUGGGCAACUCUGAAAUGAAGGAUGUGGACGCUCCCCUUUCCUGACCCCCACUACCACCCCGCAGUGGGCCACAUACAAAUUGUUCCCAAGGUCACCUGUGGGAAGCAUAGGUGCUGGGGCGGCGUGACAUUACCUGCUGCUUUUCUUCCUCCUUCCUCCUCUUCCUCCUCCUCUUCUCUUCCUCUCCCUCCUUCCUUUCUCCCUUUCCCCUUGAUUUUUCCUCUUUCUUCUUCUUUACUCCCUUACCAAAGGGCAAUUACAGAUGCUUUAUAACUCAAAUGACUGACAUUUUCAGACUCCAUCAUUUCAUAAUCUAUAAGCCGUCUCACACUGGAUGUCCAUGCUGCAGGCUGGGCGUCUUGACCUGGGCUCACCAGGAGGACAUCUGCCUGGUCACACUGGGGAAUGACUCCUUGGACCCCACAGCACUAUGGGCCGGGGCCUUUCCUACCAUUUCUUGUCAGGUUGAAUGGGACCAACUGCAGAACAAAGCCCUAUAUGCCAAAAUGUGCCGGUGACCUGCCACGGGGUGUUGCCCAUACCCCACUCCCCAAAGGUGGCCUGGCUUCUAUGCAUGCUUAAGAGUUGGCCAGUUUUUGAAAACUAAUUAAAAUAUAUUUGUAAUUGUGAAAUUUGAUGACAGAAGACCUUGAGAGAAAUGAUAACAAGUAGAGUUGAACUUAGAAAAUUCAACAGGGUAGUUUAUUUGGGGUUUUUAUUGGGGGAUGCACUGACCAGAGUCUUGUGAUGUAGUUCAGCCUUGAACUCACUAUGUAGCCCAAGCUCAUCUCAAACUCAUUAUGCUCCUGCCUCAGCCUCCUGAGUGCUGGGAUCACAUGCAUGUACCACCACAGUAGGCAAGAAUCCUAACAGGGUAGUGUUAAGAAUAUCUUGUGUACAAAAUGGAGCAAAUAAGGGUUUUUUAGUUAUCUUUUUGUGGAUUUUCAAAAAUUAAUCUUCAGACUUAGAGGAUCUUUGAAAAGGCAGACCCUGUUUCCUGCCCACUUCUCCACCCCACUGUGUUAGCUGUCUGUGCUCAAAGAAAGAGAAGCCUGAAGCCUUCUCUUAAUCAGGCUUUUCCAGUUGGGACCAGCUCAGUGCAAGGCCCUGCUCAAGAAGAGGGACCCAUGACUUAAGAAGUCAUUUUCACCUUGGGGUAGAGCAGUGACAUCUGUACUGAAAACACAGUCACCAGGUUGACGGGCUGUGUGCUUUUCCCACUGAAUAUGACAGCCAUGCCUUCUGCUGCUGGCUUUUGAAGUUCCAGAAGCGCUGCUGGCAGCCCGGGCUGUGGGCAGUGGCUGCUAAAGGGCGAUCGAUGGUCAGUUGCUCAGGAAGAUCUGCUUCCUGAUCCUGGCCACAGCUUUCAUCCACCCUCAGUAGCCUGGUGCUGUUCACCUGGCUUUGCUUCUUUUCAUUUGUUCCCUCGCUGGAUCAGCAGUUCCUGUGAGUGACCCAGGGCGCUGUGGCUACCAGCAUGGAUGCAGAACCAGCCUGCCUGGGUUGAAAGCCAGACUGGCUACUGAGCAUGCUCAGAACGCGCCGCCUGGGGGACGUGUGGGGAUUGCUAGCAUCAGAGAACUGAGUGAGCUUGAGGCCUCACUGUGUUCUUGAAUUUCUCUUGGUGAUUUCACAGCCUGUGUCCAGAGUUAGGUGAGAUUUACUUGAAAUUUGAAAUGAGUAAUUCCAAGAAAUUUAUACUAUUUGUUUCAUCCCCUCACCCCACCCCGUAUAUCUGCUCACUUUUCCUUUUUUAAAAAUCAGUUUGCGGUAAUUUACAGCAUUGUAUCCCUUAAUAUAGAAGCUUGUAUAUCCUAAGAACAUUUUCUUGCAUAACUUUUGUACAUAUACCCAAAUCAGGCAUUCAACAUUGGCGCAAUGUAAUUACCUAAUACGUAUUUCAUAUUGAGAUUCCACCAAUUAUCCCAUUAAUGUCAUAUUUGUAGUUUUUAAAAAUUAUUUUCUGCUCUGGGAUCUAAUUCAGAUUUACACAUUUUUUAACUUCCUUUCAAACUUGUCUCUCCUGGAACUGUUCCUUAACUUUUUGUUGUGGAUCUUAACAUUUUGAGAUCAUGGGCCAGUUAUCUUGUAAAACGUCCCUCAGUUUGGGGUUUCUCUGAUGUUCCUACCUGAAGGGGCUGCAGUGUUUUCUUUUUGGCAGGAAUACCACGACAGUAGCCUUGCACAUUCAGGACAGAUCAUUCAGAGCCGUCUGCUUUGUCUGAUGGCAUGGUCCUUGAUUACUUGAGCGAAGUGUUGCUUCUCACAUUAACCCAGCACAGAUUACUAUUUCUCAUUUUUUGAUUAGGAAGUCAUUUAUAAUUCUUGCCUGAAUCAUUCACUGCUACCGUGAAAGCUGGGCGGGGGGUGGUUUUUCUGACUGUGGUUUCUGCUUACAUGUCUUAGGUCAUAUUCUACCUUAAGGAAAUGGUUCCCUUGCAAUUUGUUAUUUCUAUCAGUGUGGAGGCACAGACCCACCCUCAUUUUAUUCCAUGGAUGUUCUUUUGCUAUCACUGUGUAUUACAAUGAUGCUCAGGUUUGGUCACCGGUGUCCCUUUAAGAGGCCCUGUGUCGGUGUGGAGUGUGAUAGUGUUCUUGAGCACUUUGCUGCUUUCUGGUCUCCCAAGGUGUCCUGGGUUCAUCUUGCUUCUGAAAUCAGCCAUUUCGCCAAAGGGCACCGCUUUCUUGUAGAGGGAGUGGCGUUUGAACUCCAAGGUUUGGGAUUUCUCUGAUGUUCCUACUUGACGGGGCUGCGGUGGUUUGAAGUAUAGAGAGAUGUCUUUGUGGCCCUUCCGGUGCACACAGCUAGAAUACAUACAUUUACCAACAUCCAUUCCUUACCUGCAGGUGUGUAGAGAGAUACAGCUACUGAGCGAACCAGUCUUCCCUGCAUAAUGUUACUCCCAACCUGAUCUUCAUGACAAUGCUCUUAGGAUUUCCACAUUGAGAGGCAGGCUUUAGGACUAACUUAUAUGCACUUCUAUCAUCUUAAAGAAAUAGCGUCAAUUGGUUUGGUGUCUAUCAUUAAUCAGUAUUGAAUUUGUCAAAGCUUUUUUAGAUAUUUCUAAAGAUACUCAUUUUUUUCUUUUUAGAUUUAUAAAUAUGGUACAUUUUAUUAAUAGAUUUUUGAAAAAUGAAUCCAUUUUUCAUUCCUAGAAUGAAUUUCUCUAGUUCACCAUGUAUUUUUGUUUGUUUGUUUUUUGUUUUGUCUUUUUGUACCAGGAAUCAAACUCAGGACCUUGCACUUGCCAGGCAGGUGCUCGUGCUGCUGAACUAAAUCCCUAGUCCUGUCAUAUAUUAUUUUCUUAACACUGAAGUUUCUGUGUCAUAUUUAUGAGCCCUGUCAGACUCUGACUUUUUGUUUGCCCUAGCACUAUCUGUUAGGUGUUGUAUUACUUUCUUCUUGCUGCUGUGACAAACCACCACUGUGCCUCAAAGCAGCACACAUUUAUUCCCAUAUUUCUAGAGGUCAGAGGUCUGCAGUGGUCUCACUGGGCUCAGAUCGAGGUGUCAGCAGCUCUGUGUCAAUAUCACGGGCUCCAGGGAAGAGUCUGUUUCACUGCUUCCUCCGGUAGCUUAGUGGCUUCCUGUGUUCCUUUUCAUGGUCCCUUACUCUGAUGUUCAAAGCCAGCAGCAUGGCUAAACUUAUUUAUCUUUCUCUGUCUCCCACCCAGUCCUUCUCCUAUGUUUUCUGGGGUCACAUCUCCUCCUCUGAACCCCCCGCAUCUCCUUCCCUUUAUAAAGACCUGUGUGAUUAUCUAGAUACUCCCUGCUAAUACCCCCAUUUUAAGAUCCAUAAAUUUCCAGGUAUGGUAGUAUAUUGGGAGGCUGAUGCAGGAGAAUCUCAGGUUUUGGCCAGCCUGAGUUACAAAGCAAGUCUCUCACUCAAAAACAAAACAAAAAAAAAAAAAAACAUAA